AUGUCUUUCAGAAGAAUCCGUCCGUCCUUCGGAGACAGCAGUGCGUCUCCCAGCAACCCAAGCCAGUACCAGUCCACAUCCGAGAGCACGGGCAAUUCGGGCAGUGAUCCACGCCACCCGCUCGACGCUGGCAGUUCGAGUAAAAGCACCUCUAGCAACAUAAGUGGCUCUACAGCAUCGUCCAAACGUCGAAGGGUCCCAGAGUCAGUUACACGAAAUGCCUGCCUUAACUGUAAGAAGGCUCGAGCAAAGUGUGACGGUGAGAAACCGUGUCAUAGGUGUGCGUCACGAAUAGAACCCUCCGAUUGCGUUUACGAAGUUCAUAUCAAGCAUGCAAAGGAGGAGCUUGUCAGGCAGAUCAGAGAGCUCGAGGCAAAGGACCAUUUGACCGACCAGAUCCUCCAAGCACUCUCGACAGAUGAUGGAAAAGUUCCCGAGAUUCUGGAACGCCUUCAGAAUGGAGAAGCGUAUAGCACCAUCGUCAAAAGUCUGGGCCAUUCCCCUAUCGAGGAUCUGGAGACCACAUCGCCUAGAACGUCUCAUCAUUCUACCUUCGAAGUCGCGGAUCACGAAAUGGGAGGGACGUCAUCUUCUCACAAAUGGACAACUGUGACCUCUGAUUCUGCGGUCUUGGACCAUCUCUUCCAGUUGUAUUUUGCCUGGGUCCAUCCUGUUCAUACACUGUUCAGCGAAGGCCGUUUCGUCGAUAGUUACAAAAGGCAGUCCAAAAAAUACUGCUCGUCCGCUCUUGUCAAUGCCAUUUGUGCAAUGGCUUGCCAUUUGCACUCUGUGGCAGACUCGGACGAAAUAGAUUUUGUGCAACUGGGCGAAGACUUCAGUGAUGCUGUGCGGGACGACAUGAACCCGGAGGACAAAACCAUUACCACCGUACAAGCCUUUGCGGUCAUGUUCCUGAUAGACUCUGCUCGUGGAAAAAGCUUGCGUGCCUCGUCUUACCUGAGGGUGGCUACCGAUAGUCUAUCCAACGUCGCAUACCAGACAAGUGACGGCUUCGCAGAGGUUUGGAAGAACACCGUUCGAGGAGUGCAGAAUCUCAAUGUUGAAUGGGCGCAAAUGACCUUCCAGGCCCCCGUGAUAGUCAACUACACAGCUUCCGACACCAUUGAAGAGAACGACUCAGAGCCAGAUGAAGCCAAAUGGUACUUCUAUCGCUAUGUGAAUGAUCAAUGCCCCGCGUGGCCAGGGCUCCUAGCCACAACGAAUAGGGAGAAGUCCAAACUGAUCAGGAUCAUCCGAGACGUGGCCACGAUGAUGUAUAGCCAGCCAGGUUCAAAGUUAUCUGCACGUCAAAUCCUGCAACAGUAUAGCAAGUUCGUGGCAUGGCAGGAUGACCUUCCGACCAGCAUUGGAGACAUCGAGAACAACAAUAGCCAAGCACUUCCGCAUGUGCUCUCUCUCCUAAUCCUAUUCAAGAACUCCAUAAUCCAGCUCCUCCGUCCUCUACUCGAUUUCGAAGGGUUUCCAACGACUCUUGUGGAAGAAGUCAUUUGGACGCACGCCCAGCAAGGAUUGUACCUCAUCGACCAACAUUAUUGCACCCAGUACACCUGCCGAUAUCAACCACUACUUCAGAUGUUCUCAGUACUUCAUCUGACUGAUGUGGUUGUCAGAUUUUUCCCCGGAGGUAUGGAGGGUGGUGCUAAGGACGGACCCGAAGCUAUUCAGUUUGCGAUGGAAGCUCUCAUGCAGUCGCGUGCCGGAUUUCCAGUCGCAAGACCAUUACAAGAAAUGCUGAGAAGGACUGCGAAAGAAUGCUCCAUUCCAUUACCUCGCAACCCCAAUGACAUCAUGCCACUACCUGGUAAAUCCCAAGAGAUUUAUCGCUUGGACGACUUUAUCGAUGCGUGCACUAGGAAAACGUAUACUCAGCCUGUCGAGGAGAUUCAUGCAAAGUAUGCUCCAUCAUUUUCCACGGAUUGGAUUACUGAAGGACCUGCGCAUGGGUUCCUGGCAUCGACCUCGGGUCCUUCGAGAUGGAAAAUUCCAUCGGCGGAGGAGAGGGGCGCUCAGAGUCUCAUGCAGAUUCACAAUCUGCUAAAUACAAAUUGA